GCAAUCGUCUUGCGUAUCUCGUCGGUCGACCGGCGCAGUCUCACGUCCGCGGAAGCUACAUUGUUCGCCAAUGGACCGAGCUCAUCGGGCUCGUCUUGGCAUGCGGUCGGGCGACAGAAGAACUAGGAGAUCGGUAACACUCUGAUGAGAGAAAGCACGCAGUGCGCAGCUUCUCGCUCCACCCGCCGACACGCCAGGAGCCCAUUCGCCGACAUUCGCAGGUCCAGUGAUGCACCCUUACGCGGACAUAGUGGACGGGUUCGAGUAUAAAGGCACCCGACCGAGCGUUAGAAGGGAUUCCUCACCAGCUCCCGGCCCUCCCGCCAGCAUUUGCAUGCUUAAAUCCCUCUCUCGAUUCCUCAUCAAAAUGCCCGGCUUCGACCUCUUCAAGAACGAGCAGACGGCCGCCCCCGCCCCUUCGAUCGUGGAGCUCCCGCCUUCCAAGCCUGCCCCCGAGGAGGCUCCGAUUCAGCAGCCGAAGAUCGACGUUGCCGGCUCCGAGGCUGCCAGCAAUGGCAUCCCCGCACCUCCGCCCCAGUCUGAGUGGUACUACAACCCUCGUCUUGACCCCAAGAACUUCCUUGAGGGCCCGCUCUCGCACAACCCCGCGACGAGGCUGAGGCAAUUGCUCGCCCGCCCUGGUAUCGUCGUUGCCCCCGGUAUCUGUGACGGUAUCAGUGCGCGCUGCGCCAUCGAGGCCGGCUUCAGCUGCAUGUACCAAAGUGGCGCUGCCACGACCGCUUCGCGCCUUGGCAUGCCCGACCUGGCGAUUGCUACUUUGAACGACUUCGUUCAAGCCGCCCAGAUGGUGUGCAGCCUCGACCCGACGAUGCCCGUCAUCGCCGACGCCGACACUGGCUUUGGCGGUCCUGCCAUGGUUGCCCGCACGGUGUGGCAGUACGCCAAGUCGGGCGUCGCGGCGCUGCACAUCGAGGACCAGGUGCAGACGAAGCGCUGCGGACACCUGCUCGGGAAGCAGGUGGUGUCUCGGGAGGAGUUCGUGACCCGCAUCCGGGCCGCGGUCAUCGCGCGGGACCAGAUUCCGGGCGGGUCCGACUUUGUGAUCAUCGGCCGGACGGACUCGGCGCAGGUGCUCGGGAUGGAGGAGGCGAUCUACCGCCUGAAGCUCGCGGCGGCGGCGGGCGCGGACGUGUGUUUCAUCGAGGGCGUGCGCACGAAGGAGUUGUUGGAGAAGACGGUUGGGGAGCUCGCGCCCAAGCCGGUGCUCGUGAACGUCAUCUCGGGCGGCCUGACGCCGUCGUUUACGUGCCAGGAGGCGGAGGAGAUGGGCGCGAAGAUCAUCAUCUUCUCGCUCGUGUCGUGCGUCGCUGCGUACCACGGCAUCCGCAACGCGAUGCACCUGCUCAAAAAGACGGGCACGGACUUCAGCUCCGCGCAGGGCAUGGACCCGAAGGCGUUCUUCGGCGUCAUGGGCCUCGACGACGUCAUCCGGCUCGACGCCGCGGCGGGCGGGAAGGCCUUCGAGGUCGUCUAAGCUCCCGGUCGGCUUGGCGUGCACAUGCCACCUAGCAUAUAGGCACGCGCUAUUCACUCAUCUGUUAGAGGUUUCUUCUUGGUUUUGUUGCAUUAAUAUGCUCGUUGCGUUUCUGCCCUCUCUCAUCCGUCUCUGUCUCUCUGCAUUAUCAUCUUGUACACGUGCAAUACAUACAAUCCAUGCGACAAUAGAAUAUUGCAACAGGUCUUGGAUUGUGCC